GCAUGUGGUUUAUGGUGGUUAGGUCACAGGAAUGCACUCAUAUUUUCAAAAACUUUUAAGACUGGAAAUGCUAAGGGCACACAAACAUUUCAGCAUAAAUAUAGCAGUCUGUGCUAUCAGGUCAAUCUGACAGUCUUUUUUCCAAAUAACGAUGCUGGGACCACGUAUAAGAUAUAUGUAUUUGUAUAAAGCGUAUAAUGUUAGUUGUAUAUCAUGUACACAAAAGUCAGUGGUGAGUACAUGCCACGGAUCGGAUCAAAACGUUCCUCACAUAAAUGUCCGAAUGAGCCAAUCAGAGACUUCGCUUUAUUCCAGCUACCCGGAUGUACCCGUGGGGCAAUUAUCUACGUCAUUGUUCACCGCCGGACACCCGCUGGAAAUAAGGAAUGGAUUUACAACCGCUUGUAAUGUAUUCAUAACAUAUCCCAGCAAUGAGCAAUGACCAUAGUUGACAGAUCUUCAGAAAAGUCUGACCACGAGUCAGUCGGGUGUAAGCGAUCCCCCUUCAUCAGUGGAGACGUGGGGAUGGACGGCAGCUGCUCCAGCAGCUGGGCAAUGGGCUCUAACAUGCCCAGUGACUCUCCUAAACUGAAGGCUCCAGGAGGCUGCCUGGGCCCAAUGCCCGGAGCUACCGUCUACAACAGUGCACCGUCCUCUGUGGACCGGCCCAAGGAGCAAGUGAUGAGCAGUGGUGAUGGCAUUGACUUGCCCCAGAAGGUCCUCUUCUCUCCAGAGCGACUCAACUUGAAGUGGACCCAGGUUCAUCGCAUUGGUGCAGGCCUGCAGAACAUGGGGAACACCUGCUUCCUUAACUCAGCCCUGCAAUGUCUCACCUACACCCCUCCGCUGGCCAACUACAUGCUGACACGGGAGCACUCCAAAACAUGUCAUGAGCCAGGGUUCUGUAUGAUGUGCACCAUGCAAAACCACAUCAUUCAGGUUUUUGCCAACUCUGGGAAUGUUAUUAAGCCCAUUGGUGUGCUCAAUGAGCUCAAAAGGAUUGCAAAGCACUUCCGCUAUGGAAGUCAGGAGGAUGCUCAUGAGUUUCUGCGGUACACAGUGGAUGCUAUGCAAAAGUCCUGCUUACCUGGAACCAAAUUGGACAGGCAAACUCAGGCAACCACUUUCAUCCAUCAAGUAUUUGGCGGUUACCUAAGGUCCAGGGUUAAAUGUUUAAACUGCAAAGCGGUUUCAGACACAUUUGACCCAUUUCUGGAUAUUACUUUGGAAAUUAAGAUGGCUCCUAGUGUCUCCAAAGCUCUGGAGCAGUUUGUUAAACCGGAGCAGCUAGAUGGAGAAAAUGCCUACAAAUGCACCAAGUGCAAAAAAAUGGUCACAGCCUCAAAGAGAUUUACCAUCCACCGCAAUUCCAACGUGCUCACCCUCUCUCUUAAGCGCUUUGCCAACUUCAGUGGAGGCAAAAUCACGAAGGAUGUGAAAUAUCUCGAGUAUCUGGACCUGCGGCCCUUCAUGUCUCAGUCCCAAGGAGAGCCCCAGUUCUACGGGCUGUACGCUGUGCUGGUCCACUCUGGGUUCAGCUGUCAUGCUGGACACUACUUCUGCUAUAUUAAGACAACUCUUGUUGUUUCACAGGCAAGCAAUGGUCAGUGGUACCAGAUGAAUGACUCUUCUGUGUCUCUCAGUGACAUCAGGUCUGUUCUCAACCAGCAGGCUUAUGUCCUUUUCUACAUCAAGUCCAGUGAUGUGAAAAAGACAGGUGACUACAGCCACAUGAGUCAUAACCCUGGCAUCCCUGGUCAGUCAUCUCCACGACCACUGGUGAUGCCACACAUAAACACCACCAUACACCACAACAACAUUGGCUUCAUAGGUCCCCAGCUGCCUCCACACAUGACCAAGAACACUCUCCAUGUCAAUGGGAAUGGAUCUCUGAGGAGCUACCCCUCCGGCUCCAAGCCCAGCACCAGCAGCAAUAUUCUGGUAAAACCUAGCCAUGGACUGGCUUCUUCCUCUUCCAUCUCCCAUUCAAUCAGUCGGCCCACAAUGAUCCCAGAUCACGACAAACGCCAGAAGCUUUCAUUCUUCAUUGGACAAGGCAAACAGAGCCGCUCGUUGUCGUCCUCGUCCUCAUGCUCUUACAGCCAGCCGUCCUCUGCCAGCAGCAGCUCCUCCUCCAGUUCUUUAUGCUCCUCACAGUCUACCUCAGACAUUCGUUUUGUUCCACGUCAGCUUAACCACAUUAACGGCGCAUCUUGCAGUAAUGGGGAUGACCACGCUGGAGGGAAUGGAGCAUCAUUCCUGGUACCGUAUGGCCAAGAGUCUUCAGAGGAAUCAGACCAGGAGAACUGUGGCGCUCUGGAUAAUGGUUGUUUAACCAUGUCUCACCUCAAUGGAAACAACAGAGCAGGAGCCGUCUUUGAUAAUUCUCCUGAAGCCACGAACGGAGAGUCGGGACUGCACCAUAAUGGUAACGGGUUAAAUGGCUCAGUCUGUGGUGUCUCUAAAUCAGGCCAAAACACGCACCACAAAGUCAAUGGACACAACACCCCCAAUAAGAUCUCUGGCGCUAAUCACAGCACUUCGUCCUCAGUGGCUACUGUUGCAGUUAAUGGACAUGACAGUGACUAUAGUCAAACAAGCAAAGAGGCGCUUAAUUCUGCCUCAUCCCAGGCCAGUUCUUCUCAGAGCAUCCAUACUGCUGCCAGUGGAAGCCAGCACCUCUCCACUUCCGUCACAAGGGCUAAAACUUUGUCUGAACCCCUGCCUCAGCAUACAGCACCCUCUGCUCUUAGCGCUCCACCUUCACCUACUGCUACAAAGAGUCAUUCUGUGGCAUCCAGAGAAUCUGCUUCCUCUUCUGCACAUUAUGGCAACACUGCAGCCUUAUCCACCCUGCCAGAUUGCUCCCAAAGAACCACUGGGGCCUCUCCACAGAAAGAUAGCAUAGAUUGGGAUGAAGCCAAGGAUCUACCACAGACCAAUGGACCGUCAACAGGGACUGAAGGAUGCACUGAUACUAAGGAGCAGCACCAAUCUAAGCCCAGUUCCAGGGGCAAUGAAAGACGAUCUUCACGAGACAGACUAUACUCUGACUGGAGCAGAGACAGGGGGAGAGACUACAGGGACAGGAGUCAAGUGCGAGAAAGUGACAGUGAUCGUCAUCGGUACAGGCGCGAGUACAGAGAUCACCAUCGCUCAGACAGGGAUCGUCUGCCUUCUAACAGCCGUUACCACAGGGACUGGGAGUCUGAGCGUCGCCGGGAGCGAACUCCCCACCACCCCAGAGAGCGUGAUCGUGACAGGUGUUCUCACCAUUACCACCACUAUCACCACCGAUCCAGAGAGGACUGGGAACGUGAGCGCAGAGGAUACGGUUAUCCCUACCAUGAGGACUCAUAUAGCCGCUGGAGGUGGCAGCAGGACAGUCGAGAUACCCGAGGGAUGAAGGACAAGAACAACGGCAGGGAGAGGGACUAUUACCCUUUAAAAGAGGGGCCUGCCACGGUGCCAGAAACAUCCUCAAAGUCCAAGGGCUCACCCCCUUGGCCUCCACUCUCCACAUCUGAAUCAGCUGCAGACAGGGAGGAUCAAAAUCAGAAGAGGCUUGCUGAUAAUCUUAGCAAGGAGAGAGAAGACAGCUCUGAGGACCAUCAUGCUAAAAAACAUAAAAAGAGCAAGAAAAAGAAGAAGUCAAAGAAUAAAGACAGACACCGUGAGAGUGGAACCUCUGACAUGGAUUCAGAUAGAUCCACUGAAACAAAAAAGAAGAAGAGGUGGCGGCAGCGAGACAGCAAUGCGGAGGAGCGCAGCCCAGGAGCAGCUCAGAGCCACAGGUACAGAAGCAGUGAGGAGAGGGAGAGCCGCAAGCGACAUUGCUAUGACAGAGACACUAAGCAUGACAGUGGGUUUUCACCAGAGAAACGCAGGCGCACAGACUACACUGAUGGCAGUGGUGACCACCCCUCACCUUCAUCCGGUUCAACUCACCACCAUCUCAAUGGACACACAGGAAACGGUUACAGCCGAACCAGUGGUGAACACAGAAUCUCCAGUGUCCUGAAACACUGACUGUGAACAUCAACACCAUUUUAACAACAGCAGAGGAAUGACAACUUUUUGAUGAGGUGCUUCUUCAUUGCAAAUAAGUUGUAUUUUUACCACAACUAGUGUUUUAAAUAUUCAGAUUUUUUUAAGGUGUUGAUUUAUUUGCUGUAAUUCUCCUAACUAUGGUUAAAGAAAAACUGCCACCUGUUGAACAUUUAUGAUGAAAAAUAUUAAUAUAUACUUGUAUGAACACAAAGAAAGCCUGGAGCUUAAACAUCUCAGCUGCUGCUCAGUGGAACUCAGGACUUGUUAACAUCCACCACCGAUAUCCACCUGCUUUACAUCAGAAUGAAACAAAAAGGGAAACGGCAUUGCCCAAGAGAGAACUGUAAGGCGGCAUGUUGGCUGCAAGUGUAAGAUGUCACCAUAUCUACAGAACUGCAAUGAUUUUUCUUUCAUCCCACUGGGAGCGGACAAACUAUUGGGGGGGGAUAUUGAUGAAUGGGGCAGACGAGUGCAAUGGUGGGAACAAGGCUUCGCUGACUGAUACCUCCACUUUAACCCUGGACAGACUUGAGGACAUUUCCCAGCCUUUUUUGUUUCCAUUUCGCUGUGAAGCCUAAGAUUCACUCUAUCAUUUCUAAACUUUUUCACAAGGUGCAGAGUUUUCUUUUCUGGAACAUGACUAUCACAUUGAAAAAGAAAAGCAUCAACAACUUGUUACUGUGGCCGUGGACCAUUUGUUUGCUUUUUAAUGAAAAAUGGUUUGUCUUCUAGCAUCAAAAAUACUGUGAAUUUAAUUUUGAACUGUACUAUCAGUUAUUUUUAUACAUAAAAAUCCUGUAUCAGGAUUAUACAUCAAUGUUUUGGUUUACUUUGUUUUUAGAGAAAUCAUGUUAAAUUGGACCAUAUUCUCUACUCCAAAGUUUGAGUAUGGUUUGCUUUUGUUUGUUUGCAUCUUGUUUUCAACUUCAGAGAGAAGUUGAAACUACUGUUAUACUUUUAGGUUUAGCAUGUCUGAAGUUAUGUUGUAUAAGGUAAAAGCCUUAAAAUACACUUGUUAAUGUCAGAAAUUGUAAUUUGUUCCUGGUCUUUGUUCAGUAGCUGCAUUGAAAUGAAUGCAAAAUGCUGAGUAAUGAGUUGCCAGGGAUUUUUGAAGAAGUUCCUUUGUAUUAUACUGCACAGAUUGAUUGUAUUUGAGCCUCGUGUUGAACUUUCCACUACAGUUGAAUUAUGAUCUAGAUACAUUGAGGAUGGAAAUAACACUUCUGUAUUCACAUUUUGUUAAAUCCACAGAGUAGCUGAGCUCACCAUCAUUCAUUUUAACAGUUUUUAUGUUUGAAAUAACCAAAGACCUGGUAAGUUGGAGUCCAGCUCUUCUUCGUGACUUUACAUGCACACAAACAGUUGCCUGUUCAGCAUGAAUUUUUAUUCAAACUCUUCAUCCAAGUAUUCAGGAGAGGUUUUCCCAAACCAAGAUCUAACCAUAUUUUGACCUGAAAUUUUCACAUGGAAGCAAAUCCCCACCACAACAUUUGAGGGUACACUCACUGCGCACUUUGCAACUAAGCAUUUGAGAGGGCACAGGCUGAAUUUUGUAAGUGCAGAAUCAGCUCAGAGCAUAAUCCAGGCAAUCCAUGCUCCUGAUUCUAUGCACUCAGAUUUCUCCACUGGGGUUUGUGUGAAAGUCUGUCUGUGCCAAAAGUUCCAGAAGUUGUGAACACUCUUCAGUUUGCAAAUCAGACUUGGAGGAACUAAUUUGUUAGAGCAGAACUAGAGUUCAGAGCAAGGGAGGAUCCUUGCUGCUCACUCAAAUCAUUGUUACACUAACGAUUCCGUCUUCCCUUGCGCCGAAGUCUGUUUCUGCUCUUAUAAAUCCAUGCCUGCAGGCUCUGUCAGAUUUUUCAAACUGAAGAGCACUUGCAACUUUUGUGCACUUUCAAAACGUUUUGCAUGGACAGACAUUCGCACAAAGCCCAGUGGAGAAAUCUGAGAGCACAGACUCAAAGGAGAGUAUGCAUGGCCUGAAUUACACUCAAAUCUGUAUUUUGCACUUAAAAAUCUGUCUGCUCCCUCAAAUGCAGUGUUGCGCUCA